AUGAAUGGUAUAAUUGCUAUUGAAAAGCCGGCAGGUAUCUCUUCGAAUAAGUUUCUCGAGAGGUUGAGGAACGUUUGGAGUUCAAGUAAAGUGUUCUCUGAUGAAAUUGCGAUAAAACUUCAACAGUAUAAAGCAGAAACUGGUAAGAAACCAAAUAGGCGUAAAAUGCGUAAAGUUGCGGAUAUUAAACUUGGACAUGGUGGUACUUUGGAUCCUUUAGCAUCUGGAGUUUUGGUUGUUGGGGUUGGUAAAGGUACUAAAAAGCUACCACAGUACCUAACAGGUGCAACCAAAGUUUAUGAAACUGUGGGCCUAUUUGGAGUAGCUACAACAUCAGGUGAUUCUGAAGGAGACGUAUUGAAAGAGAGCUCUGUUAGCCAUUUGAAUAUGGAAGAACUAAAGACAGUUGAAGAGAAAUUUUUAGGAUGUCUCAAGCAAACUCCACCAAUUUACGCUGCUUUGAAAAUGAACGGCAAACCGCUUUAUGAAUAUGCUAGAAAUGGUAUUCCCUUACCCAAGCCCAUUGAGCCUCGAGAAGUGAAUAUUUUUGAGUUGAAAGUUUUUGAGGAUUCUCUUUCUCGAGAACAUGAUCAUAAGUUUCUAAGGCCACUUACCGAGGAGGCCAAGGAUACUGUUAGCAAAUUAAAUGCCAAUAUUGCAGAUGAUGUAUUAUAUUAUUCUGAUAAAUACUGCAGUGCCCAAGGAUGGGAUAACCAAAUUGCUCCCAUUGAGAAGCCGAUUGAGCUUACUGCUGAGGAACGCGAAAUAAUUGAGAAGGAAGGGGAAAACUACAGGGCGCCUACUUUACAUUUCAAGGCAAAGGUCUCUUCUGGUACUUACAUUCGCUCUUUAGUUAGUGAUAUUGGUAAAGCGAUGAGGUCUUCUGCAUAUAUGGUUGAAUUAAUUCGUGUUGAGCAACAAGAAUGGUCAUUGGAAAAGGGCAAUGUAUUUUCCCUUGAAGAUUUUAUAGAACAUGAUGAGCAAGUGUGGAGGCCUGUAUUAGAGAAAGUUUUAGAGAAUGGAGGUUCUGUAAAUGUGAAAGAGGAACUCCAGGAGGCUUCUAAGAAGUUUGCUAGCCAAGUCCAGCCCGAUAUCCCAUCCGAUAGUGCAGCAGAACCAUUGAAUGCGUCAGAGGAGACGCUAGUGCAACCAAGAAAUGAAAGUAAAAGGACUUUAAGUGACACUGAAUAA